ACCCCACGCAAAUCUCGCGGCGCAAGGGUGGGACGGAGGCCGCAGGCUCGGCUGGAGGUAGAACCCGGGGCCAGGCGAGCGGACGCGGUUCUCCAGAGACCUCGCGAGAGGGACGAGGCCCCGCGCGACGGCCGUUGCGAGCGCGGUGGCCGCAGGCCGGGCCUGUGCGUCCUGCGCCUUCCCCGGGUCCGAGGCCGCGCGCGGAGAAGACGAGCCGCAAGCCCACGCAGGGAGUCCUAAGGCGAGCCCGCUGGGCCCGGCCACUCCCUAGGCCACGCCCCGGCUUGGGAAGAUGGAGGAGGACCAGCGGUCCAGCACAUCCUCCCAGGGCCUGCUCCCCGAUGGCCACUUGGUCCUGUGGACGCUGUGCUCCGUGCUGCUGCCGGUAUUCAUCACCUUCUGGUGCAGCCUGCAGCGGUCGCGCCGGCAGCUGCACCUCAGGGACAUCUUCCGCAAGAGCAAGCACGGCUGGCGCGACACGGACCUGUUCAGCCACCCCACCUACUGCUGCGUGUGCGGGCAGCACAUCCUGCAGGGAGCCUUCUGUGACUGCUGCGGGCUCCGCGUGGACGAGGGCUGCCUCAAGAAGGCCGACCAGCGCUUCCCAUGCAAGGAGAUCGUGUUCAAGAGCGACUGCAGGGCCGCGGAUGACAUGCCCCACCACUGGAUCCGCGGCAACGUGCCUCUGUGCUCCUACUGUGUCGUCUGCAGGCUGCAGUGUGGCAGUCAGCCUAAGCUCUGCGAUUACAGGUGCGUUUGGUGCCAGAAAACAGUCCAUGAUGAGUGCCUGAAAAGUAACUUAAGGAAUGAAAAGUGUGAUUUUGGAGAAUUCAGAAAUCUCAUCAUCCCACCAGGUUAUUUAGCUUCCGUUAACCAGAUGCGUAAAGACAAAAAAACAAAUUAUGAAGCGCUAGCUUCUAAGUUUGGAAAGCAGUGGACCCCAUUAAUAAUCCUGGCCAACUCGCGGAGUGGAACUAACAUGGGAGAAGGACUGCUGGGAGAGUUUAGGAUCCUGUUAAAUCCAGUCCAGGUGUUUGAUGUAACCAAAACUCCCCCAGUCAAAGCCCUGCAGCUGUGCACUCUUCUUCCUUACUACUCAGUUCGAGUCCUUGUCUGUGGAGGGGACGGGACUGUGGGCUGGGUCCUUGAUGCAGUUGAUGAGAUGAAGAUUAAGGGACAAGAAAAAUACAUCCCACAGGUUGCAGUCUUACCGCUGGGAACAGGCAAUGACCUGUCCAACACCCUGGGCUGGGGUACAGGCUAUGCUGGAGAGAUCCCAGUUGCACAGGUCUUAAGAAAUGUGAUGGAAGCAGAUGGAGUCAAGCUAGACAGAUGGAAAGUGCAGGUAACAAAUAAAGGAUACUACAAUUUAAGAAAACCCAAGGAGUUCACAAUGAACAACUACUUCUCUAUUGGACCUGAUGCCCUCAUGGCUCUCAAUUUCCACGCUCACCGUGAGAAGGCGCCGUCUCUGUUUUCCAGCAGAAUCCUUAACAAGGCUGUUUAUUUAUUCUAUGGAACUAAAGAUUGUUUAGUGCAAGAGUGUAAAGACUUGAAUAAAAAAAUUGAGCUAGAACUGGAUGGUGAGCGAGUUGAACUGCCCAACUUAGAAGGGAUCAUCGUUCUCAACAUUGGCUACUGGGGCGGCGGCUGCAGGCUGUGGGAAGGGAUGGGCGAUGAGACCUACCCUCUAGCCAGACAUGAUGAUGGCUUGCUGGAAGUCGUUGGAGUGUAUGGGUCUUUCCACUGUGCUCAAAUCCAGGUGAAACUGGCAAAUCCUUUUCGAAUAGGACAAGCACAUACAGUGAGGCUGAUUUUGAAGUGCUCCAUGAUGCCCAUGCAGGUGGAUGGGGAGCCGUGGGCCCAAGGGCCCUGCACCGUCACCAUAACGCACAAGACGCACGCGCUGAUGCUCUACUUCUCUGGAGAGCAGACAGAUGAUGAUGCUUCCAGUCCUUCGGAUCAAGAGGACCUAAAGGAGGCUGAGUAGAGGGGUAGAAUGGAACAGGAUCUGCCCAGACCAGUAGAGACACGGUCAUCCACAGGAAGGACUGUUGGCACUCCAGUCUCCAUUUCGUUCCUGAUGUAUGUGAGCGGAGUAAACAGCGUUUCCACAGCCGGGCUUUGGUAUCACAAACACAUACUCUUUUGUCAGCAAGGCACUCUGAUCAUCGGUUAUCAGAACUGAAAGAAACAAAGUUCCACGGAGAGGAAACGCCCCUCCUGGCUGGAUGUUUUAAGACUGGAGCUCACCCUGCAGUGUGCAUUGUCUUGAUGGACAGGACAUGGAUGUUUUUGAUAUGGUGACGACAACAUAACAUGUUAAAAAUUAACUUGCCUUUUGGACUGUCGUGCUUAACACUGGGCUUGCUCCUGCUGUGUGCUUUCUAAGAUUCCCCACACCCCAAACCACACGGACUCUGCAUCCUGACUUCUAGGAGCGCCUGAGGAGAAAAGUGAAAGAGAGUCGGUACUUAGAAUUUUCACAGUAGUAUAUUUUCUGUCAUUUUUAGGCCUUCAGGUAUUUAAUGAUCAUAUUGAGCUGAAAUGCAAAUUUUUGGGUUUUGUGAGGGUUUUUUUUUUGUUGUUGUUGUUUGCUUGAGCAAUACUAGGGGUUAAAUCUAGGUCCUCUGGAAGUCUAGAUGAUUGCUCUACCAUUGAACUACACUCCCUACGCUGGUUAUAUAUAUAUGUAUAUAUAAUCAAAUAGGGAUCAGUGUAAAGUUUAGAGAAUUUUUGAAUUAGAACCUCUAUAAUUCCCAGCUUCUCUUUAGACUAAAAGUAGUGUUGGCAGUGGGGGAAAAAAAUACACAUAAUGGAAGCUUCUGAGUCAGAUUAAUUACUCAAAAAAAAAAAAAAAACCCAGGCUGCCUGCCUUCACGCUGAGUGGUCUUGUGUUGUGAAACACUGCAGGACCCAUGACAGUAUCACCCUCGGAGAGGGAAGCGCUGCCGAGAUGUUUGUAUCGUAUUUAUUUCAAAGAGAGAAAGAUAUAUAUUUUUAACUUAAUUUAUUAUUUACCUUGUAGCAUGAUGCUCGUGUUUAGCGUUUACAUUGUUUUGUACAGCUUUAUUUGGUGAGGUGGUCACACAGAUCUGCUGGUCACAGUCACGUAGAACUCUCUUGGUUCCCAUGGCAUAUAUACUCAUCUUUGCUCAUUCCUCAGACUUUAAAAGGGAGGGCACAUGAUGAAGAACUUGGGGUUUCAAAGCGCCUACGCGUCGAUCUUCCGUUGCCGAGUACUUACUGAAGGCAGUUCCAUGGCUGUCCGUUAGAGGGUGCUCUUCUGCUGUUGUCAGCGGCCUGCCUCUGCAAUGAGCUGUACCAGUGGGCAUCUGGCUUGGUGUGUUUCUGACAAACAACAUGUUUUCACUUGGUAGUCUUGCAUGAAUUAACUUCUGAAAGACUAGAAUCUAUUCCCCAAACCACCAUUUAUCUCCUUUUUAAUGGCUUAUUAUGGAUCUACAGUUGGUGAAUUGCCAUAAAUGUCAAUUUGAGUCACCUCAGGCCGAGACCGUGUUUUGGAAAGUACAACUUAGUGAUAUGUAUUAGUGAGUACAUCAUUAUCUAAAGUAACUUUACACUGCUAAAUUAACUUCUUCCACCUGUUCCUUUAUGGUAGCAAAUUCUACCACUGAAGGUGUUCCACAGGUUUGUCCCAGCUUCCUCACACAGCUUCACUCUGAUCACUGCAGCCGAGGGCGGGCCAGGGUUUGCAGCUUUUCCCUUGUGACCUGAUCCUGUUCGGAGUGUAAUGAAAUUCAACCUCAGAUUCAUGGUCGGUUUGUUAGUUAUCCUCUGAGGCGCACUGUGAGUUGACUUGGUUAUCAUUCAUACCUGUAAAUCAUUGUAACGCUCAUUUGUGAUUGCAGCAGAUCAUUAAUUCCAGGCUGGCAAUCAGAAUAGUUGGGGUAACUGUAGAGCUGCCCUACGGAGAACAGGCCGUGUCCCCUUCCCACACACACCAUGUCCUUCACUCAGGUCCCUUCUGUAACUUUGAUAAUACCCUGUCACAAAGCACACCAGUAUUUUGUGUUUACCACAGCUCACACUUCAGGCACCAGGUUACCCAGCAUUCCAGAUACAUGUACAGGCACAGGCCUUAUUUGAAUACAAUUUGUAAGACUUGGGAUUUUCAAGUUAUAUUUUCAGUGGCAAGAAUGUCUCACCAGAGCUCUAUACUUCACAUACUGGUUCACCGUGAGACCCCUCUGCUCUGUUUAAAGUUGUCUCCAUAGCAACAUAACUUACACAUUCUCGGGAAAAACUAUAAACCAUCUCUUUAUCUAUUUUCACAUCUUUUUCUUCCCUAAUACAUUCCUCAGGCCUCAUGAACUUAGCGGCUUAACCUCCCAAAUACCAGGCAGCUUCUCUCAGUUCGUAGGCAUCUGUUCUACUAGUCAGAGGCAUUUCUGUCUAGAAUACACGUUGCCCCGUAGUGCAGUAACUGAGUUGAAAUGUUUUCCAUUUUCUGUAACUCUUUAGCUGUGAGCCUGUAAUGUAACUGAUAUUUAUAAAAAUUUUAUAGUGAAAACUAUGUAUUUUAUUUUUUUAGAGUUUGAAAAUCUGUAGUACUUGCCUUUUGGACAUUUGUGUAUCUGGUUGUAACAUAGACUGACGCAGAAAAGUUCUUUUUGUGCUGUAAACGUAGCAUGUCAGAAAGAGUAAUUUUCAUCUGUAAUAUAAAGUAAAAUAUUUCUAAUGUACACUGUGGGAUUUUUAAUUUGCACUAGCUAGAAAACUUGAAAGGUCAUGUUAGUUUGCACAUUGUGUAGACCUAAAUACAUAAUCUGAUCAGAAAGGUCACUAGAAUAGGUAUAAUUUCUACUUUUGUUCAAAAUGAAGUAUUGAAGCAAGAAACCAGCACUUUAUAUUUAAAAUGUGAUGGGUGGGAUGGGGUUGUUAAUUUGGUAGCUGUGGCUUUCUUUAACUUCUGAACAGUUUGGAACAGGGAGUGUUAAGUAGAUUUGUUUAUUUGUGAGAUAAGGUUUCUCUGUGUAGCCUUGGCUGUCCUGGGAUGCUUUGUAGACUCACAGAGAUCCGCCUGCCUCAGCCUCUCCAGUGCUGGGAUUAAAGGCCAUGCCCAGCUGUUAGGAUUAUAAAUUCUAAAUAUAUAUUCAUAUAUAUUUAGGAAUUUUUUUUUAGUCUAGAAAUUUUAGAAGAAAAAUAGUUUUGUUAGUUCACCCCAGUCCCCAUGAAGUCCCAUGCCCAGCAGCAUGGGCUCUGGCUUUGGCUCACCUUUACAAAGCCUGUCCUGUGUUUCUAGAACCCUCAGACCUAGCCCUGCAGCUCAGGUAUCCAUCCGAGCCAGGAGGCCAGGCGUGUGGUUGACGGGUGAAUUCCUGAGCCGGGUUGUAGGACCGAGGAGCCCCCUUUGUUUUAAACAGCGCCCUUGUUUGUAUUAAAUUGGCAGUGUACGCUGUUAUAAUCCCUACACCUAGAGGCCAAGUUCAAGGCCAGCCUUGCUAUAUGUAAGGACCUUUUCUCAAAAAAAAAAAAGAAGUUUACAUCCUAACCCAAUUGGUGACCUAACUACUAAAGCAACCAUAGUUCCUUGUGUAAAUGCGGUCUUUAGACUGCUGUGCAGACCCUUGGAGGACUGGGAGCAGAGCCGGUGAAGCAGAGUGAGCAGGUGAGCGGGUGACCCUUCACUCCCGUGCAGCACAGCAGACUGCGCUGAACCUGCACCGCACUGAGCCAUACCCAGUGACGGGAGACCAGUAGGUCAAGGGUCCCCACUACUUAAAACACGAUUCUCAGUUGAGCAUGAUAGCGGUAGCUGCAAUCUCAGGAAGGGGCAGGAGGAUCUCUGAGUUCAAGGCCAGCCAGCCAAGACUACAUAAACCCUGUCUCAAAGGAACAAGGUUUUUAUGUGUAGGGGUGUUCUGUCUGCAUGUGUCCACACCGUGAUGGUGCCCAGUGAGGCCAGGAGAGGGCGUGAGAGGGGCUACACUGUGAGCGCUGGGAGGUAAACUCAGGUCCUCUGGAGGAGCAGCCAGUGCCCCUCACUGCUGAGCCGUCUCUCCAGCCCCAAGAUUAUAUUUUUGUAAAAGGGAUUUGGAAAGUACUUUCUUUGAUGACUUUGAUACAUGGUUGAUUUUCUAAUGAGUUUUUAAUGCAUUCAAAACUGUGUUUUUUUCUGGAAAUGCUCUGUGGGGGGGUGGGUGUCUCAGUGCCAUUUGGAAUAUACUCAUUUGGCUAUCUCACAGCGUUCAGAGGAAUUUUUGUUGCGUAGUAAAAUACCAAACUUGGCCUCCGUUCCUUGUGUUGUGACUGUCAUGUGGAAAUUGCCUGUGUAUUCAGUGACUACUUUACCUAAAUACACACGUCUUUACCCUGAUGCCCCUUGCUGCAUAGGGAGUAUGAGGCCGCUUACUGGUCUCAGAGUCUAUAUCCUAAGAUUCUUGAGGAAAGCAUAUUAAAAAGUCAAGUUCUAAUACAGACAUUGGCAAUAUUUAGCCCUCUGGGAAUACCUGUAGAAUAUAAUCUACCCAGGAAGUAUGUAGUCAUGAUGCUUAUCCUGGACCAAAAUCGUUUCCUCAGUCUCUGUAAGGAUAACCUAGGCUACUCAAAGGAGGAGCCAGCACAGAAUACACUGAACAGGAAAAGAACUCUGGUGACUGGCAUAGAAUGUUGAAACAGGGAGAAGAUUGUUUCCUAAGGUUUUUUUUCUUUCCCCCUGUUGGAGCAAGACAGCAUCCUGAUUGGAUGGGCAGAUUUGACAGGCUAAGAAAUGAAGCAUCAGACGGCACUGCGUGGCCCUUUAGGUGGUGAUUGCCUCGUACAACUUUUCUUCUAAUUGCCGGGUUCAGGGCCCUCCUAGUCCUUACAGCUCGAUCCACUUGAAUGAUUGGGAUGAACAGACUGGCCCUCUGUUCUGUGAUUCUGCCCUAGCCUCACUGGGUCCUCGAUCCUCUCACAAGAACUCGUACCUCUUAACUCACGGCCUUGAAGAUAGUCAAUGACUCCACCGGAGCAGCCAGCCACAGUCACCCUGCUCCGGGCGCAGUGCUGACCUCUGCCAGUGUUAGUUAUCCUAUGUAAUUGCUUCCGUUUGAGUUGGGUCUGCCUCCUGCGAUCAGUGCCUACAAACAGAAAUGUAAAUGAAAGCAUUUGAUAUGUUGAAGAUGUAUCUGCCUGUUUUAAAAUAAAGUUGAAAGUGUAGCACUUAGAAA